AUGAGGGACUCUUUCUUGCUUUGUGGGGGUCGUCGAGGUUCGUGGUCGUUCGAGGACAUUCUGACCACUUUCACUGGCUUCAAACUUGUCUCUAAUUCGAGUGAUUGUGCUUAUUUCAUCAGUAGAUUUCGUUUAUUCAAGUAUUAUUCACACUGCCUGCUCUAUAAUCAAUAUGUUUUCGCUCACUGGUCAGUCCUAACGCUGCUGAAGGUUGUUGUCCGGUUUGCACUCUAUGCUUAUCGUAUGUACUCAGCAUCUCAGCUUUAUUUUGUUUUGUCCCACUCCGUGACCUUCGCUCCGCCCUCACCCAGCUUCCUGACACCACACGCCACCAGCUGUGCCUCAGUUCCCCUGCGUCGCUCGUCCUGUGGAGGUGAUCCGGCCAGUUUUUACGUCUGUCCCUUUGUGUGGAUCGUAGCUCUCGAUGAUGGCAAACGUUCCGCCUGUGUGCUGGUGUUGUUGGCACUGUUGGCAGGGGUGGCGGGGCGUGUGGCUGGGGUCCCAGCAACCUCGUCGGCCUGUUCCUGUGGCAACCACCCGGCGCCCGCUCCGGGACUCUGCUCCGGAGUGGCUCUGCUGCACGGCACUGCCUCCGACAUCCGGCGAAGCGUUCUACGGGAGCUGUGCCUCAGGGUCCACCAGCACGUGCACCUCAAGACUCCGCAGCGCUCGGCCUCCAACCCCAAGCAACAGCCAAAGCGCACGGAGCAGGCGGCGGCGCUGAACCUCCACCGCGACAGCUUCAGCGAUCAGGUCAGGUGGGAAGCGGGAGAGGCUAGUGACGUCAUCAACACGGCAAACUGGUUCGUGGACGCUGAGGUCCCGCUGAGCAAUGGCUACACUUGGUACGAACAUGGCCUGCCCUUGUGGCCGCUGCUGGACCAAGCUCUGACGCAGAAGGAGACCGUCCUGGCCAAGAAGAAGAAACUCAACUGGCCCAAUUAUGCCAUCGCGACGCCAUUGUACGUCGCGCCCCUGGAAGCCUCCAACAGCCGCGAUCUCGCCAUCUCCGUCAGGAAGCUCUUCGCUGGAGACACCGCCAGGCCCCAGCAACAGAGCCAGAAUACCUUCGCCAACAGCAACAAAUUCCAGUCCACUGUUCUGGAUUUCAUCAAAGACCAUUUCCAAGACCAGUUCGGUUACACGCGUUCAGAUAUCGGUCAGACUUUCGGCGAGACCGAACGAUGGAUCCAGCCGCUCGUGAAGCAAAGUCUGCGUCCCAUGCUGGAGUCUUUCAUGAAGAGGCAGAAGACUCGAGCGCCAAAGAGCAGCGAUAUAGCGACAUGUCCCGAUGAAGUGUACUUGUUCUUCCUUCAGAAGCCGUGCCCGACGGCCUCGACCUGUCAGGUCAUCCUCGAUAUCCAGCAAGAACUGAGAGUCACCAACUGCGUCAACACCGACGUUGUGGUCGGUUACACCACAGCGAGAUCUGCGUCCCAUGGCUAGGAGGAGUUGUGGCCGCGACAGAAAUGCACUUGCUAGAAUAGUCUUUGGGUUAUCUUAAUUUCACAUACGUAACAGCACGUUUUCUCAUUUAAGUAUGUUGUGUUUACCGGUGCAUUGGCCUAUGUAUCUAUCUCAGUGGUUACCAAACUGUCGCGGUGGACUGCAAGACAUAGGGGUUGGCAUUUGAAUUUACUAUAAAUGUUAUGGUGAACUCUUUAUCUCCCCUUUGUGUAUAUAUCCUAUGUUUAUUUUGUUUCGAGAUGCAGUAAUUUGUGAUACAGGUAAAAGUGCACUGUGAAUUAGGUUCAAGAACGGCUGUUCGAGUGCCAUCAUUGAAACAGGGGAACCCUCGGUCUGUCUAUACAAAUAUCAACUGACACCCAAUCUCGAACAUUUGCGGAUACAUACAGAUGCAGAAAAAAUGGAUACACAAGACCAUACACAUCAAAAACACACGCUAAGGUAUGCACACAGACAAUCAGUCUCACACAUAUACAUAAAUAUAUAUAUAUCAGUUCCUAUGCGUCGUAUACCAUAUUAUAAAAGAUACGAAGGUAUCAUACACUAUUUAAAUGACCAGCUUUAGAUUGCAUUACAUUUACACAUCUAUGAAUAAAUACACUAGAACAUCCCACCACACAAAUUGCCACACGUAUGCAGCCAAAACCGGGUUGCCAGAUGAAUAAGCGUUUUACUCCUUCACAGUAUCGAGGGGCAGUUGCUGGAAACAUCCAAUAUGUUUCGUGGCGGCUCCUGAAAGUUAGGCGAAGAAUGGUAUGUCUUAAUUAGUAGUUUCAGAUAUGUAUUCAUAAUUAUUCAUGCAUAAUAAAAGAGGUAGAGGAUACAUAAAAUGUAAUGAAAAGAAAGUGGACAAUUAUUAGCUAACCAUCAGACUAUCAAAAAAAAAUCUAAUUGAAUAAUAUUGAAUCACACCUUAAAUCCUCUUACUUCGGAAAGUAUUGUUUCUAUACUUAAUUUUUAAACUUAAUAUACCAUGCGAUUCCCUAUCACGGAAGCAUACACAGGUGCUUCGUGAAUAAUUUCCCCGUGCAAAUAAAGUCAUAUCUAAUAAAGGUAUAUUCCCAUA